AGUGAUGAACUCAUGCUCUGUUCUGUUUUCUCAAAGCUGAAGUCGGCUAGCUUUGCAAAGCUGCGGGCUGAGCACUCAGGGAGGCAAUCACUCUCUCAGAAACUGCUGCGGCACUGCACUGCAGCCUCCCAAGGCUCCAUGCCAGACAAAGCAUGCGUGUCACACUUGCUACAAUAGCCUGCGUGGUUUCUUUUGUCUCCAGUUAUUCACACACAGCAAAUAUUUUGCCAGAUAUUGAAAAUGAAGAUUUCAUCAAAGACUGCGUUCGAAUCCAUAACAAGUUCCGAUCAGAGGUGAAACCAACAGCCAGUGAUAUGCUAUACAUGACUUGGGACCCAGCACUAGCCCAAAUUGCAAAAGCAUGGGCCAGAAAUUGCCAGUUUUCACAUAAUACACGGCUGAAGCCACCCUACAAGCUGCAUCCAAACUUCACUUCACUGGGAGAAAACAUCUGGACUGGGUCUGUGUCAAUCUUUUCUGUGUCUUCCGCCAUCACAAACUGGUAUGACGAAAUCCAGGACUACGACUUCAAGAAUCGGAUAUGCAAAAAAGUCUGUGGCCACUACACUCAGGCCUUAGGGGAAAGGGGUCGGGAUUCAAACCGCAAGAGAGGGUUCUUGAAUCUCAGGCAAGAAAAUUCAGAGUUGUUUGGGCGGAUAGUUACAAAGUUGGCUGCGCAGUUCAAUUUUGCUCUAAAGUUUCUGGCUUUGAUGCUCUUUCCAAUGGAGCACAUUUUAUAUGCAACUACGGACCAGGAGGCAAUUACCCAACUUGGCCAUAUAAGAGAGGAGCCACCUGCGGUGCCUGCCCCAAUAAUGACAAGUGUUUGGACAAUCUCUGUGUUAACCAACAGCGAGACCAAGUCAAACGUUACUACUCUGUUGUGUAUCCAGGCUGGCCCAUAUAUCCACGUAACAGAUACACUUCUCUCUUUCUCAUUGUUAAUUCAGUAAUUAUGAUACUGUCUGUUAUAAUUACCAUUUUGGUACAACACAAGUACCCUAAUUUAGUUCUUUUGGACUAAUACAAUCCAGGAAAGAAAAAACCCAAAAA